AUGUCGUGGAUCUGGGAGAAGUCGCCGCUAUGGCGGAAGAUCGUCCGCGGGACGAGGACGAACCGCGUCGCCAUGGGCGCGUUCUCGCUGACGACGAUGUUCGCCCUCCCCGUCGCCGCCGGCGUCGCGGUCAUGCGCUGGACGACGCCGGACGUGAGCGACGACGACGCCGUCGCGCUUCGGAAGCGCGUGAGCAUGGAUGCGAGGCGUCUGCGGGCGAACAACAACGACGACUUGAACGAGAUGUUAGACGAGGUGAAGCGCGGGGUGAAGAACGAGGAGAGGUGGCGCGCGGCGUUGGACGGGCGGACGACGAGCGCGAGGACGUCCUCGGGGACGUCGCUGCGGAGGUAG